AUGUUCUACUCCCUCCCCCACCGCCCCCUCGCCUCCCCCGCUCCCUCGCUCGCCUCCCGCCACUCCUCCGCAAUCCGCACCGACCUCUACAACGCCGCCGCCCUCCUCCACCCGCCCCCCGUUUGGCCCCCCUCAGCCCAGCUCUUCGACCCCGACCGCGAGGCCGAGCGGGUCCGGCUCGCCAAGCUCGAGCAGCGCCGCAGCCUCGCCCUCGCCCGCCCCCCCUCCCUCGUCGCGCGCAACAGCAGCGAGGGCAGCAUCCGCAGCGUCCACAGCUUCCGCUCCGUCGGCGCCCGCCACUCCAAGCCUCUCCCCAGCCGGCUCGGCUCCGUCUACCGGCCCUCGCCAUUGCGCUCCGCAUCCACGCCCGCACUGGUCACGCUGGAGGCCGAGGCGGCAAAGAAGAAGCAGCGCAAGGAGAUGAAGGAGGAGUACCAGAAGAUGCGUGCGGCGCGGAUCGAGGAGGAGAAGGCCGCCACCCCGGCCCCGCAGCCGGGCUGGUUCGCCACGCCGUUCAAGCGCGCCAAGGCCGGGUCGCGCCGGGCGGAGGGCUCCUCGGACGAGUAUCUCGAGCUCGGCCGGCGCCCGAAAAACGCUGCCCUGCUCGAGGAGGACCGCGACCCGCAGAUCUACGACUCGCCCCCCGUCGACCCCUUCCGCAAGUCCAUCAUGCCCGGCCAGAUCGGCCCCGGACAGACUGACGACGCCCCCGCCAUCGCCCUCGUCCAGGCCCGCGCACCCCUCGACCCCGCAGACGCCGGCUGGCGCGCCUCGCUCAAGAGCUUCCGCAAGCCCCGCCCAUCGCUCCACGCCCCCCCGCUUGUCCGUCUUGUGUGCCCGCUCCCUUCCGCAGCCCCCAUCCGCCCCUAA